AUGUAUGAUAGUUUGCCAUAUCUCUUGCAGACCUACAUUUCUCCAAGUGCUGCUAUAUUUAAAGCAGAAGAGGUUGGUGAAGAAACAGAGGCUAUGUUGAAUAACAUGAGAGUUUAUGGAACAUGUAUUAUCAUUCUGAUGGCCAUAGUAGUUUUUGUGGGAGUAAAGUAUGUCAACAAACUUGCACUGGUCUUCCUUGCCUGUGUGAUUCUUUCCAUCAUUGCCAUAUAUGCUGGAGUUAUUAAGACUGCUUUUGACCCACCUGACUUUCCUAUCUGUCUCCUUGGAAACCGUACAUUGUCAAAACGCAGCUUUGAUGUCUGUGCCAAAUUUACUGAAAGCAAUAAUGAAACAAAGACUACAACUCUGUGGCACCUAUUCUGUGAUAGUUCUUUGCUUAAUGCUACAUGUGAUCACUACUUUAGUCUCAAUAAUGUAACGGAAAUUCAAGGGAUUCCAGGAAUAAUGAGUGGAGUUCUAAUUGAUAAUCUGUGGAGUACCUAUUCAGAAAAAGGAUCAAUAGUUGAGAAAAAAGAUCAGCCAUCAGUUGCUGGAUCAGAAGAGACAAAAAUGAGUGGAUUGCCUUACGUUUUUACAGACAUUAUGACCUACUUCACAAUGCUUGUAGGGAUUUAUUUCCCAUCUGUGACGGGUAUUAUGGCAGGUUCAAACAGAUCUGGAGAUCUUAAGGAUGCUCAGAAAUCUAUUCCUACAGGAACAAUUUUGGCUAUUUCAACUACGUCUUUUAUUUAUCUCUCGUGUAUAGUGUUGUUUGGUGCAUGUAUAGAAGGUGUGAUAUUAAGAGAUAAGUUUGGAGAAGCAGUUAAUGGAAAUCUAGUGGUUGGUACACUGGCCUGGCCUUCUCCAUGGGUUAUUGUGAUUGGUUCAUUCUUUUCAACAUGUGGUGCUGGUCUCCAGAGUCUCACUGGUGCACCCCGUCUGUUGCAGGCCAUUGCAAGAGAUGGCAUUGUACCAUUUAUUCAAGUAUUUGGUCAUGGAAAAGCAAAUGGAGAACCAACCUGGGCUCUGCUCCUCACUGCUGGUAUUUGUGAAAUAGGAAUUUUGAUAGCCUCAUUGGACAGUGUAGCACCAAUUCUUUCAAUGUUUUUCCUUAUGUGCUAUAUGUUUGUAAAUCUGGCUUGUGCUGUUCAGACACUUUUACGGACUCCCAACUGGAGACCUCGUUUCAAGUAUUACCAUUGGACUCUCUCAUUCCUGGGGAUGAGUUUAUGUCUUGCCUUGAUGUUCAUUUGCUCUUGGUACUAUGCUUUGAUUGCCAUGCUAAUCGCAGGAUGUAUAUACAAAUACAUAGAAUAUAGAGGAGCGGAAAAAGAAUGGGGUGAUGGAAUCCGAGGACUGUCUCUAAAUGCAGCUCGCUAUGCUUUGCUUCGUGUUGAAGAUGGUCCUCCUCACACCAAGAACUGGAGGUAA